AUGGAGAAAUUCAGUGAUGGGGAAGCUAAUGCAGGUGACUCUCUGAAUCAACACUACAUCAAUGCACUGCGUAACUAUGAAGCUUUGAAAGAUGAGUAUGAUUCUCUACGGAAGAGGUACGAUGAUUUGGUGUCUUCCCAUUCUUCUGCAGUGACCAAGUUGGAAUUAGCACAG